AUGGAAAAGCCAAAGAGUGCGAUCAUCGUAGGCGCCGGUGCUGGUGGUAUUGCCAGUGCAGCAAGGCUCGCCAAAGCCGGGUUCAAGGUCACUGUGGUCGAGAAGAACGACCACACUGGCGGACGAUGCAGUCUGAUCCACGACAACGGCCACCGUUUCGAUCAAGGUCCCUCCCUCCUUCUCUUACCCGAUCUCUUUCGAGAAGUCUUCACCGACCUAGACACGUCGCUUGAGGAUGAAGGGGUAGAGCUGCUCAAAUGUGAGCCGAACUACAAUGUCUGGUUCGGCGACGGCGAGUGCAUCGAGCUGUCGACAGACGUGGCCAGAAUGAAGAAGACAAUCGAGAAGUGGGAGGGCAAGGAGGGCUUCGAGAGAUAUUUGGCUUGGAUGCGGGAAGCGCAUGUCCACUACGAGGCCAGUGUCGUGCACGUGUUGAGAAAGAAUUUCGGAACCAUUUGGGCCAUGGCACGUCCCAGCUUCCUGCCAUACCUCAUGGCACUGCAUCCUUUUGAGAGCAUAUGGUCCCGCGCAUCGCGGUAUUUCUUGACCGAACGACUCAGGCGUGCAUUCACAUUCGGGAGCAUGUACAUGGGCAUGAGCCCGUUCGAAGCCCCUGGAACGUACAGCUUGCUUCAGUACACUGAGUUGGCUGAAGGAAUAUGGUAUCCGCGAGGCGGGUUUCAUAAAGUCCUGGAUGCCUUGGUCAAAAUCGGCGAACGUCUCGGUGUCGAGUAUAGGCUCUCGACACCUGUUGCCCAAGUCAACGUCGACAGAUAUUCGCGGCGCGCUACCGGUGUUACCCUGGCAUCAGGGGAGGUGCUGAAUGCUGACAUUGUGCUUGUCAAUGCCGACCUCGUCUAUGCUUACAACGAACUCCUGCCUCCCUCUCACCGAGCCACCUUGUUAUCGAAGAAACCCGCUUCGUGUUCUAGCAUCUCAUUUUACUGGUCGAUGGACAAAAUGAUUCCUGAGCUUCACACGCACAAUGUCUUCCUGGCAGACGACUAUCAGGACAGCUUCGACGACAUCUUCAAACGCCAGCAAAUACCCAAAGAACCCUCCUUCUAUGUCAAUGUACCAUCAAGGGUCGACCCAACUGCAGCCCCAGAAGGUCGCGACAGUGUAGUGGUCCUCGUCCCGUGCGGUCACCUACUGGAAGGCGAGGCUGAUCGAGGCCUCAAUCCUCAGAACGCCCAGGACUGGCAAGCGAUGGUUGCCAAAGCUCGACAUGCCGUGUUUGAGACCAUCCGGCUGCGGACGGGUGCUGAUCUUCAAUCACAUGUCACGCACGAGAUCGUCAAUACACCAGGCUCGUGGAAAGAAAGGUUUAACCUUGACAGAGGCGCCAUUCUGGGCUUAAGUCAUUCCUUCUUUAAUGUGCUCAGCUUUAGGCCGAAGACGAAGCACCCCGAUCUCGGAAGCCUAUACUUCGUCGGAGCAAGCACCCACCCCGGUACAGGCGUACCCAUUGUCCUGUGUGGUAGCAAAAUCACGACCGAGCAGAUUUUGGACGACUUGGGGAUGGUCAAGCCUUGGUAUCCCGGCGGACACAAGAGGAGGAUAGUCAGCGACCUGGACAAGGAGGGCUGGCACUCCUUCGAUCUCGGACACACUCUUGUCGCGGUUUUUAUUGCACUAUGUCUGGUGCUCUACAUGUUUGCAUUCAGAUAG